AUGGCACAGGCUGCAGGUCUUCUGGAUCAGGACCAGUUGAGCUGUGCGAUCUGUCUGGAUCUACUGAAGGAUCCGGUGGCUAUUCCCUGUGGACACAGUUACUGUAUGGGCUGUAUUAAGGUCUACUGGGGUCAGGGUGAUCAUACCAGUGUCUACAGCUGUCCCCAGUGCAGAGAGACCUUCACCCCAAGGCCUGUUUUAAGAAAAAACACCAUGCUGGCUGAAGUGGUGGAGAAACUGAAGAAGACAGGACUCCAAGCUGCUCCUCCUGCUCACUGUUACGCUGGACCUGGAGACGUGGCGUGUGAUGUCUGCACUGGGAGAAAGCGCAAAGCCGUCAAGUCCUGUCUGGUGUGUCUGGCCUCUUACUGUGAAACUCACCUCCAGCCUCACUAUGAAUCUCCUGCCUUUAAGAAGCACAAACUGGUCAAAGCCACUGGAAACCUGCAGGAGAAGAUCUGCUCAUAUCAUGACAAACCUCUGGAAAUUUACUGUGGAACCGAUUAUCAGUUUAUCUGUUAUCUGUGUACAAUAGAGGAUCACAGAGGCCAUGUUACAGUCUCUGUGGCAACAGCAAGAACAGAGAAACAAAAGCAGCUGGGGGCGACACAGAGUAAAUUCCAGCAGAGAAUCCAGGAGAGAGAGAAGGAGCUGCAGGAUCUGAGACAGGCUAUGCAGUCACUCAAGAGCUCUGCACAGACAGCAGUGAAGGACAGUGAGAGGAUCUUUACUGAGAUGAUCCGCUCCAUUGAGAGAAGGUGCUCUCAGGUGAAAGAGCUGAUCAGAGAUCAGGAGAAGGCUGAAGUGAGUCGGGCUGAAGGACUCCUGGAGCGACUGGAGCAGGAGAUUGCUGAGUUGAGGAGGAGAGAUGCUGAGCUGGAGCAGCUUUCACACACAGAGGAUCACAUCCAUUUCCUCCAGAGCUCUAAGUCUCUCUGUGUCCCUCCUGGACCUGGAGACUUACCCAGCAUCACUGUCAGUCCACACGUCUCUUUUGAGGCUGUGAGGAAAUGUGUCUCUGAGCUGAAAGAGCGACUGGAGGACGUCUGCAAGGGGGAAAUGUCUAAGAUCUCCAGGGCAGGCAGAGCAGUGGGUGUUCAUGGCUGCUUUACUGAAGGGGAGACCUGUCCCCUCUGCAUGGAGCCCUUUCAGAAGAAGCAGAGGCUGAUGUGUACCCAUGCCAUCUGUGCAGCCUGUCUGGAGAGAUCUGUAGAAAGACUGGGUCUCCAGUGUCCAGUGUGUCAACAAGCACUCAGAGUGCUGGGAGACCAGCCAGAGGGACAGAUGACACAUUUGACAAUCUCUACGUUUCUCAUUAUUGCAUACAAUAUUCCUGAUGGAAUACAGACAAGGGGAUGCAAGUCUCUGAAAACCUGAGGGCUCAUUUUCCUCUGCGCCUGCUUUCAGUCCCACAUCUUAAGAUUUUGUUGACGAAUCCUGGAGUUGAUCCUGUGCUUUCUGAAGGGAAGAUUCCAGUGUAGUUUUCAGCCACUGUGUCGUCGUCUUCAACGUCUGAAACCCUUCACUCGACCUCACCCAUUCUUUGUAUAAGUGUGUCCAUUUUAUUGGAGAUUUCAGAGAUUGGAGCAGAUCUAGUCUGUAUUUUUGAGUCCAACAGUUUUUGAAAAGAU